AUGGAUGUGUUGAACCAAGCAACAACUACAGCCAUUCCAAGUGGGCCGACCAAAACAUGCUACGAAAUUGAACCAAUUUCUACCAAUUAUUGCCAGCAACCACAGCAUCAACAAAAUAAACAGCAAACCGUACCACAAGAAUCUCAGAAUCAACAACAACAACAACAAACGGAGCAACCGCCACAACCGCAACAGCAACAACAGCUUCAACAGACUGUUGUAACACAAACGGCACAAUCACAACCGCAGACACACUCAUAUACGACUGCAUACAAAGUUGUAUCAUAUGUUGAACGAAAUCAGCCGUCAACGAUUGAUCCAUCGUGCGGUCGCAUCUUUAACGAGCAGGAGUCAUCGAUCAAUUCGACGUGUAAUGAGGUCAUCGAGCUCCAACGAAUUCAGAGGUCACCGCCGCAGCAGGUCCAGCCCCAAACACUUCAUCAGCAACAGCAACUCCAUCUUCAAAACACAACGACAACUGGUAGAUUGCUGUCUGAUUUAAAGGUGCAAGAAUUGAAGCAUCAAUGCAAACUGCGCAGCCUACCAGUAUCAGGUGCCAAACCUCAGCUUAUCGAACGUCUCCGUCCUUACCAACAGGAAAUCAUGGACGCCCGUGCGGCCUCUCAAAUCUCAUUUGAAACAUUUGAUGCCAGCAGUACAACAACAUCUGCCGACGAAUUUUUUGUCAGUUCAUCUACUACGAGUAUAGAUACACUUGAUACACAUUCACCGAUCCAUGACGCCUUGGAAAAGUCGUUGUCUUCGAUGAGUUCUAGUAAUGCGAUCAGCAACUACUUAAAGCAAACAGUCAACGAGCCGAUCAAAAUUCAAAUGCAAUCCACUUCGAAUCCGAAUCCGAAGAUUGUCCAGUUAGUUGACAGCAAUGGAAAAGUACUUGGAAUGGCAACUGUGCAAUAUCCGACAAGCAUUCAAGGAACUAUGCCAACUACUCCGGAUAAUAAAACAUUCACGACACCCAAUUCGACCGCGCAACAACCAAUGAAUUAUGGAGCAGUAGCUGGUCCUCCGCCGUCGCAAUUCAUUCAGAAAACGGAUAAUAUAUUCCGAUUCUCUCAAUUGGGUUCUGGCGGACAGUUCACUGUUGUGAAUAACACAGAUUUUUCUGUUGAGGAGCCAAUUUUCGACACUCAAACUUCUGGUAUCGCCAACCAGAGACCGAUAAUUCACGUUGUGGGAGAUGAAACUCAGCAGAACCAGCAGAAUUCUUGUGGAAACCUCGGAAUAUUGCCACAAAAGAAUUGUGAACAGUCAAUUACUUAUAAAUCUACGGCUUCUCAGUACAAGACUUUUCAAAACGAGACUUCAGUCACCACUAACGCCAAUAUUACUAACUCUAGUGCUAAUAAUAAUACGACAUAUCAAAUCAUCCCACAGAAGACCAUGCUUCAAGACAGUCCAUGCGCGGGUGAUCAAGCGGGCAAAUCGCCCAACAUGCCCGGAGUUGAACAUAUGAGUUUCAAUGGCGAAAUUAGCGCAAUCGACGAAACAUCAGGUGCCCCACUACUUGAUUCAAACGACACUCAAAAUUUACUCUCCCCAGAUACGUUGCAAAUUCAUGAAGAAAUGCUUCGUGAUCAACAGCAGCAAAUAGCUAAUGUCAUGAAACUUUUGGCGAGCAAUCAGAAAAUUUUGAAAGAUCAACAAGAGUUGAUUUUAGCUGCGAAAAAGCAACAGCAGAAAAUUCGUCAGGACCAGAACAAACAGACAUUGGAGCAGCAAAGCGCAGUAAACACGCCUGAGAUUCACAAUAUGAAUAAGCAGCACAUUCAGCAAUUUUUGACUCACAAAGCGCAACAAACACAGCUUUCGCAAAUUGUCGACGAACACAAUCGCCUUCAUAAAACUGAGACCAGAUUAGUGGAAGAGCUUCACGUGGGAACAGCGGUUGAAGAUAUUGUGCGUUUGAUCAAACAGGAUGCCAGGACCGCAUUGUUGAUUGUGUCACUUCUUCACAAAUACCGUAUGGAACGUGAUAAUCAGCAGAAAAGAAAAUUGCACAGCUCAAUCAUUGUGUCAGGACAACGAAUUGGAAACUCUAAUGUCACUUCAAACAAAUCUGGUAGUCAAAAAAGAAAAGAUAACGAGCAAAAAUCUGAUGCUCCGCCGGCAAAAUUGACGAAGAAAAACUCAGCUGGAAAUGCAGCAAUAAAUUCAAUAGCGCGAGCGAAUAGAAGUUCAAAUAUGACAUCAAAUGUCAUCAUGAAUGUGAACAACACUUCAAUGAGCUCUAACAUCACUUCCACUAUGAUCCAAAGCAACGCCAGCUACAAUUCAAAUGCAAACUCCAAUUGCAACGCAAAUAUCAAUUCCAAUUUUAAUCCAAACGUCUCUGCGAAUCUCAAUACCAAUACCAAUUCCAAUAUCAACUCUACCAUCACUUCCAUUGCAAACAACAUGUUGAAGCCUCCAUCUCAAAUCACGACUGUCAAUGCUUUAAACCUCGGACAAGAUCUCACUUCAAACACCAAUUCCAACAUGGAUACCAAGAAUGGUAUAAAUGCUAACCAGCUCGUGAACCAGAAUUCAAACGUCAACAUGGAAAAAAUUGUCGGAGCGAAUCCCAAUGACAGAUUCACUCAAAACGUUGGAAAUCAUUUGAAGGCAAAUCUCAACAAUCUUCAAGCGAAUCAGAGUCAAAAUGAUGAUAUUGAAAUCAUUCAUCACACAAAAAAUAUCAACUCGACUUCUGUUUCAAAUCGCGGCACAGACGUAACUUCUUCUUACGUUCUUGCUGGCAGUGCCAACAACACUUCCAACCAAAAUUCUGGAUAUCCUUCUAAGCAUGGCAACCAGAUUGAUUCAACAGACAAUAGCAAUCAAAGCUCCAACCAGAGUUCUGUGCAAAUCGUCACUCUCAGCUCAAACAUGGCACCGGACAAUAGAAUAAACUUCACAACGCCUCAAACGAUAUGCGAUAGCCCUGCCAAUACUCAAUGCAGUUUAAGCCCAGAGCAGCUAUCUAAUAUUUCGCCAGAUCUCAACUUGAAUCAUCAGAACGCCAACAGCAACCAUGUUGUUAGCAACAAUUCUGGGAAUACUGAAAAAGUUUUAUCAAAUACGAAUGUCUCAUCUACCAAGGAUGUUCCAUCGCCAACAGAUAAAAAAUCACGCGAAGAUGUCGACAUGGAGGAGAUAUUUAAAACUGUAAUUGAGGACGCAUCCCGUUCAAGCUUGAAGAAUUUCGGAAAGAAAGAAAGCAGAAGCCAUCAUCAUCAAAUUCACCAUCAUUAUCAGCAGCAUCAUCAUUACAAUAAAGAGCGUCAUGGAAAUGUUGCUGAUAAUUCAAUGCCAUUGCCCAAACAUAAUCCAGCAACGGAUAAUCAUCAAACUGUUCAAAAGAAGCCUGUUGUUAUGAACGAGAGUUUUCAUUUCCAAGCAGAGAGAAAUAUGCAAACCGAAUGUAUGAGCAAUUCAGUCACGAUGUAUCAACAAAACGGAUAUAUUGAAAUGAAGAUGCCAAUAGAAACCACCUCUCCGCUUAUGCCCCAAAAUCCGCAUCAAAGACAUGAGUUGGAUAUCAACUUCUUUGAUACGGAACCGUAUCCGAAUAUUGACGAAAUGGUGGCGAACAUGUCAGAAAAUGACGACAUCAAAAUCAACUUGGAUAGCGAUGAACUUGCCACGAUUCUUGGUGACGACUGGUUGGAUACUGCCAAUAGAAAUAUCGAUAAUCAGGGACAAUAUGAUCCGCAGAGUCCAAACAGCCGUAUGAAAAACAAUCAAGAUACCCUCUAUCCAGGAAAUAGUAGCAUGAGUAACCAGCAAAACAUGGACUGGUUUGACCAAAUGAUUCAAAAUCAUGAUUCCAUGAACUGCUCAUUUGAUUAA